AUGCGCAUCAAAAAUCCCGAUGCUGUAAAAAGGAAGCUUACUCGCAUGACUGCCCUAGGGAAAGACAAUCUUCAGGUACGCGCAUUUGUGUAUGUUCAUGUUGCUUCUCAGGUUAUAUCCGACUUUGACUGGACUAUGUCAAAGUUCCUUUACAAAGGUGAGCCUAACCCCACGUGUCAUGGAAUCUUUGAGCAAGCUCCUGAUAUGACAUUGGAAAUACAGAAUCAAUUGCAUAUUCUACAAAAAACUUAUGAACCGAUUGAAUGGGAUCCAACUAUUCCAGUUUCCACAAAGAUUCCAAUCAUGGUGGAGUGGUGGGAUUCAGCGCAAAAAGCGAUCGUCACGUCAAAUAUGCAUAAAGAUACACUUAGAGCAACCGUAAAUCAGUGCCACCUUGCCUUAAGGGACUAUGUAGGAGACUUCAUGGUGCAGUUGCACAGGGAAAACAUUCCCCUGCUGAUAUUUUCUGCUGGCAUUGGGAAUGUUAUAGAACUUCUUCUGGAACGUUUUCUCUUGCGCUUCGACAAUAUUCAAGGCCUGUUGAUUGGAUUCCAAGAACCUAUAAUCCACACUUACAACAAAACAAUCGCAAGUUUUUAUACCAGUGACUACAUUAAUAAUGUUUUGUCCAAACGUUCCUCAAUUAUUCUGCUGGGCGAUUCGUCGGCCGAUCCAUCUAUGGUGGAUGGUAUUCCCAGAGAAGGUGUGGAUUCCGACCUAAGCAUUCUGAAAAUCGGCUAUCUUAACAAUAACGUCGAAACCCUGCUGGAUACCUACAUGGAUAUUUACGAUAUUGUCCUGAUAGACGAUGCGACCUUUAGGAUACCGCUUGAGGUGCUGAACUGCAUCGUUCAUUCGGAAUCGCUCGACUUCUGA